GGCUGAAGGCAAGGGAUGCCACAGGGAAGCUUGAUACUGCAUGAAUUCCUUUAGGAAUGAAGGAAGAACAAUAGAAAUGAAUGAGGAGCAAGUUGAAAGUUCUGAGCAGCAGAAGCCAAGAAGGAGGACCUGGCUGUCGGCAAGCAUGCAUAAGCUGGUCUCUUGUUGCCUGCUCCUCAUAGGAUGCCUACAGCCUCUCUUCGCUCUGCCCGUCCCUGACUCCGGAGAAGACGCUCUGAAGUUCUCAGCACCUGAUGGAGACGCAAGAUCAACCCCGGGUGACCUGGAAAGAGUGUCCCUCCUGCAAAUGCUGGCGACGUUAGUGGCAGAGCGAGGUGACAGUCUCAGGAAAGCAGGUCUCGGCACCGGCCUUGCUAACCCUCGAGGAAGUAUGAGACAGCAUCUCCACAACGGUCCAGGGGCCAGCAGCCACCGGCAAACUUGUGAGAAAUGCAGACUCUCCUACCAAAUCGAAAUCUCCACCUUCACAAGAACCCGAGGGGACUCGCACACGCAGUCAUGUCUGGGAGUCACUGCAGUGUCACAGCUAAGGGGGAGAAUGACGUGGUCAGAACACGGAGGUGGACUGUGGGUGGGAGAGAGCCGGCAGGGACGUUGGGACGCGGCAGAAAGACGGGGCUGGCCAACGGUGACAGUAGCACGCAACGGUUAGAAACGGUGUGCAACUACAGGAGGGAGGAGUUCAAAUCCUGAGAGUCUGCAUUUG